CCAGUGCGUGCCAACGGUGAUCACAUCCUCCGCCAGAGGAAUGGGGUCGUGAAAAUUCCCCACAAACGCUGUUCCUCCUUCCCCUUCCUCUCUCCCACUCUUUCUUCUACCCAUCGACCGCGCAAGGCCGGCAGAUUCCCAAGCCAAACCCUUGCGAGAGAGACAAACAAGAAACGCGUCAGUAUUUCCUCUCUUUCAUCCGAUUGGUUCUCCUGCUGCGUUCUUCACGCCUCCUAACCUGCGAGCCCCUAGGUGGCAUGGAAUGAUUGGCCCUCUCAAAACUUAUAAUAUUCUUCAGAAGACUCUUUAUAACGGAAUUGGGUAAUGCAUCUCUGCCAAGAGAAGAGAUACAGAUUGAUGAAUUUUGCAACAAAAACAAUUGUUCGAUGGAUAUAAGGCGUCACGAGUUCAAGGAGAACAUAUCUAGUAACAUCAAGCAGCAAGACCUGAUUCUGUUGAUUGUGAUGGGAAGCAAAGGCCGUAUACCACCUCCUUAUUUACGUCGGCCUCUUCCUAGCCCUGGCAUUCUACACCCUGAGCCAUUUGGUCCAGGUAUCCGUCCUCCACCCGGUGCCUUUCCAUUUGAUAUGUUGCCUUCCCCAGAAAUUUUGGAGCAGAAGCUUGCUCAUCAACAUAUGGAGAUGCAAAGGCUUGCAACAGAGAAUGAAAGGCUUGCAGCAACACAUUCCUCUCUGAGACAACAACUGGCUGCUGCUCAACAGGAUUUGCAGAGAUUUCAGACCCGUAAUGGUGCUGUCAUUGCUGAGCAGGAACAACAGUUGAGAGUCCUCAAAGACAAGAUAGCAAAGAUGGAAGCUGAUUUGAAAGCCUCUGAACCUGUUAAAGUGGAGUUGCAACAGGCUCAUGCGGAGGCUCAAAGUUUGAUUGCAGUGAGACAGGAACUCAUCUCAAAAGUGCAACAACUUACUCAGGAUCUGCAGAGGAGCCAUGCUGAUGCUCAGCAAAUCCCAGCACUAAUGUCUGAACUGGAUGCUCUUAGACAAGAAUAUCAACAUUGCAGAGCUACGUAUGAUUAUGAAAGAAAACUGCGUAUUGACCACUAUGAGUCUCUCCAGGUAAUGGAAAAGAACUAUGUUUCCAUGGUUAGGGAGGUGGAAAAGCUACGUGCUGAAUUGACAAAUGCUACUAACCUUGAUAGAAGUGGUGCCAGUGCUUUAGGGGGGCCAUUUGGUACCAGGGCUGCACACAAGGGAAACGAUACAUCUGGUCAUCAUUCCAUUGGACAAAAUGCUUAUGAUGAUGGCUAUGGAGUACCCCAGGGUGGUGGGCCUUCUAGUGGUGCAGCUCGAUAUGAUGGAGGUCCUUCUGCCCAGGCUGGAUAUGAUGCACCCAGGGGUCCCACAUAUGAUGCUCCAAGAAAUGCAAGUUAUGAUGCAUCCAGGGUGGCUGGCUAUGGUGCUUCUAGAGGCAGCAGCUAUGACGCACCCAGAGGGACUGGCUAUGAGGCUCCUAGAGGAUCUGCGUAUGAUGCUUCUCGAGGAACAGUGGUGCCUCAGGCAGCAGCUCCUGCUGGCAGCACCGCUGCACCCUACGGAUCAACACAGGCUCCAUCACCGUAUGGGUCAGCUCAGGUACCAUCACCCUAUGGAUCAGCACAGCCUCCAACAUAUGGAACGGGGCAGACCCCAAACCGAGCAGGUGGUGGUUAUGAAGCACCUCGUGGUGGGAAUGCUGCACAUAGAUAAGCUUUAACUCACCCCACAAUUUUCUGAUUUUUAUGGAGAUUUCCUGGUGACAGUUCUCUCACCAUCAAAUGUCUCUAGCUUUUGGGAUUCUACCCUGCAAACUUGAUGGAAGUUUUCGGCAAUGUUCCUGGUGUUUGAAAUACAACUGGUAUUUGAAUUACAUUGGGUGGGGAAUAUUUUGUGGACAGGAAUGUGCAAGCUGGUCAAUCGUCAUGGGGGAGUUUCUUAUGAUCUUCCCAUUUGCUUGUUGAAUUUCAAAUGUUCCUCUCUUUUUUCCCCUUCUUUUUAUGAUUCUCCAAGUUAUUAUGAGUUGCUGGCAUGGAUACUUUUGUUUGGUGGUUAAUCGGCAUGCAUAACCUUGCACCUGGAUCUCUUCAAAGACAGUCGUUCUGGGGCUUGCCAUAACAAACUGUACCAUCAACUUUGAAUGUUUGUUAAAUUGUUCAUUUGUCU